GUAGUGGGGGCCAGGUGGGACGGGGGAGGAUGGGGGAGGCUGCUGCGCAGUAGCGUGAGACGGCCGACUCGGGCCCACCCUCUGGUCCCAGAGGGAGAUGCCAUUGAUACCCAGAGGCCGAAGGAGUGGGCUGUGGCCCUAGACACCAGGAGGCCUGCCUGCGCUGGGUUUCGGGCAGGCCCUGGGCAGAGUUUGGGGCAGCAAACACUUUGGCUCUGUGGUAAAGAAAGUCCUUGAACUCUCGUUGAGGAGCAUGGAGCUGAUAUGAUUGGUGAACAAGAAUUGUGUGCUGGCCCCAGGAUACCAAUCAGACCUUCGGCCUGACUCUCAGGGCAAAAGGCUUGGUACCUCCAGAAGCCUUUUAUCCACCUCAUCUGGGCAUGGGGACAUGUCUUCAUACAGGAAGGCCGCAAAAGACUCUGGAAAAAAUAAGAAGGUACCUGACUGUGAUGAGACUUUGUCUUCAUCAAGUGAGGAAAAAACACCUAAGUCAAUGACUCAUGAGGUUUUGGAAAAUGCAGAUAGCUCAGGGAAAGUAAACCGCUCUGUUCAGAAUUUCCAACGCAGUAAUUACGAUGAUCUUUUUAAAGAUGCUACAGAAAGUGAGAGUGAGAGCAUAUUGGCCACCGGUGGCUCCUUUCUAAGAGACAAGUGGAGCAGUGAGGAUGAAGAGCUUGCAGGGCCAUCCCAGACUGUCCCUCCUCAGCUUCCUGGUAUACAAAUUGUUUCUGAAAGGGAGCUAGCUCAGUUGGCUCAGGUUCGACCAUUACUAUUCAAUUUUCAUGAGCAAUCAGUCAUCAAGGAUUGUUUUAAAAUGCUUGAGAAAAAAGUAGCAGAAUAUGAAAUCCUCCAGGAAUUUAUGACUUUAGAUUAUAAGAACAUACCUGAUGCAUUCAACUCUGGGAAUGAACUACGCAACAGAGAAAAAAACAGAUAUCGGGAUAUCCUUCCAUAUGAUUCAACACGUGUUCCUCUUGGAGAAAACAAGGACUACAUCAAUGCUAGCUAUAUUAGAAUAGUCAAUUCUGGAGAAGAGUAUUUUUACAUUGCUUCUCAAGGACCACUGCCAAGUACCACAGAUGACUUUUGGCAAAUGGUUUUAGAGAAUAACUCUAACGUUAUUGUCAUGAUAACCAGAGAGAUAGAAGGUGGAAUUAUCAAAUGCCACCAUUACUGGCCCAUUUCUAUGAAGAAACCUUUGGAAUUGAAAAACUAUCGUAUCUUCCUGGAGAACUACCAGAUACUUCAAUAUUUUAUCAUCCGAAUAUUUCACGUUGUGAAGAAGUCUACAGGAAGUAGUCACUUUGUAAAACACUUGCAGUUCACCAGCUGGCCAGACCAUGGCACUCCUGCCUCGGUAGAUGGCUUCAUAAAGUACGUGCGUUAUGUGAGGAAGAGCCACCUUACAGGACCUAUGCUUGUUCACUGCAGUGCUGGCGUGGGCCGGACGGGGGUGUUCCUAUGUGUGGAUGUUGUGUUCUGUGCCAUUGAAAAGAACUUUCCAUUCAACAUCAAGAAUAUAGUGACCCAAAUGAGAGAACAGCGUUAUGGCAUGAUUCAAACGAAGGAGCAGUAUUUCUUUUGUUAUAAAGUUGUGCUUGAAGUUCUUCAGAAGAUUCUGACUUUAGAUUAAGAAAGACUUCUGUUGCCUCACAUUUGAAAUUACCAAGUGGCUUGGAGCCUCCUCAUAAAGAACAUGUUCCGGUUGUGCUGAAGGGCUUUGCUUACACGUACCAUGUGCUUUCUGGGUGUAUCAUUUGCCUUUCUUUCUGACAACUCCCUGAAGGCAGCAUCAUUUGGUUUGGGGUGAACAGUGUUUGUCCAUUCAUCUUACUUAGAAAUAGCAAAAUACACUCCCACAUUUUCCAGUGAAACAAAAGUUGCAUAAAACAACUGCAGCCCAUUUGGUUAAAGGGAUUACAGAACCCAGUAAAGGACUUGAACUAUAUUCCUUAAGAUGUCAUUUGGACAGGCAGCUAAAGGAAGCUGAGGAUUUCCAGGACCUUAUAAAGCCCUUACCUUAUUUUGGAGAACACAGGGCUAGUAAAUGCAAGGUCACAUCAUGAGCUCUUACAGGCCUUUUCAAGACAGGUAAUCAUCCAUGUUUUUUAGCUAGAGGCUACACUUUUAGCUCGUAUUUGAAUAACUCAGUUCACUAAUUAGGAGAAGUAACUUUCCACACAAAUUGGACUCCAUUUUCCUAUAGUUCCACACUCUCGGGGCCCCAGGGACCACAGAGGACAAGCUGCCCUUCUAGAGCAGCUGCACAGGGACCUGCUGGUUGGGGAAGUAUUCGUGGGCGGGCAGAGUUCCUCUGCUCCAUCACAUGAGCACACUGGUGAAUGGUCCAAAACUAAAAUAGAUGUUUACAUAGAAAGUCCAAGAGGAGAUUUUUGCCCAGCUUGAGUUCUUUCCUAUCGCACCCUAACACUUAAUGUAUUACUCAGUCUGCUUUGUUAAAAGCACAUAUUACAUUUUACUUGCCUCUUACUCUUUGCCCUUUAGCUAACCAAUAAACUUUGAUAUAAGCAUUAUUACAUAAUUCUGUGUAUCUCUUACGCCAGAUAUAUUUCUCAAACUAAGAUCUAUGGUAGUUAUUUUUUUCUUCAGAGUUCCAUUAAAUCAUUUCUUUCCAUUACUGCCCCACCUCUGCUGUAACAUUUAGAAGUUGGCUUUGGGAACUAGGUUUUGGAAAACCAAAGUCAUAGUUGUGAAAAUGAAAACUUCCAUAUUCUCUUUUUGAAAAGAUGUGGCCAUUAUUAUAUCCAGCUUAUUAUAGGACUUUGCCUCAUACAAUUACAGUGAUAUUUUGGUCAAGGAAUUUUAGUGACCAGUUAUACCUGAUUAUAAGCUAUAUAGCAAUUACUACAUGCCUUUGUACAGUGUAAUUCAGUGGAGAUCAGAAUAUUCUAUGUAUCAUAUUGAGAAAAUUUCUAAUAUUAAUGUAAAUCUUGAAUUUAUAAGAGGCUUAUUUUAUUCCCUUGGCUGAAUGAAUAUUUGAAUUUGUUGAAUUAAAUUUGAUAAUUUUCAUUUAGAAAUAAUUAUAUCCCAGAAAUGUAUUUUAUAUUAAAUCAAAAUGAUGAUUCUACCUAUUUAUGUUGUUCAUAUAAAUAAUAGUCUAUGCUAAACAUUAAUUUCAUUUUGAUGAUUGGCCUUUAAUAUUUGUAUCCCUAAUUUUAUUUUCUCUCUGUUAUUGUAAAAUAAUAGAUAUAAUGUACAACAGUAUUCCUGAGAAGGUUCUAUGCUGUUAUUUAAAUGAAAAGACUUACUGUGUAUUGCCUGAAGUAUUUUUAUUAUCUAGGCCUUGAAAUGUUCUUGUAAAGAAAAUGCCACAAUUUUGAUGGUAAACAUGUUUCUUCUUUAAUGUGUGCCUCAUAUUUUUAUAGCUGGACUAAUUUUUAGUUUUUCAGGGAAAUUAAAUAAGUCAAUAUGGAAAUACUGAUUGCACUUGUUUUAUUUCAUUUUUGGAAAGUGAAUUCCAAACUGAAAGCUUUUGACUAAAUGAAAUACUAUGUUUCCUACCAACAAUAAAUCAAUCUUAGCCUAGAAUAUGAAUAUGAAACUCCCACUGACACCUUUUUAAGUAUAUGAAUGCUUAUUUAGACGAAAGUUUAAACUAUUUAGAUGAAAGCAUAUAUGCAUUUAUUAACUUUCUUAAAUACAUAUUUUUAAAGUUGCAUUGUGCUUGAUGGACUUACAUGUUGGAC